AUGCAUCAUCACUCUCGUCUUUUCAUACUUGUAAUAUAUUUUUUCCAGGAAGAGCGAGGGUUCUCCGAAGAUAUUUUCGACAAAUUUGAUGAUUUUCUCCAGACCCAUGAUCUAGUAGCUAAAGCCCCAACUAUAUUGAAAAAGACUGGACCACUUGCGUCGCUGGUUCCCAGGUCUUUUGAAGCUCAAGAUCUGAAAGUACCAUUAGCUGUGACAGGUCGGUCUUCAAAGUUGGUGAAAAAGGUAAUAGUACCUUUCCUUUUGGGAUUGAAAUUCAAAACUGCAGUGCUUGUGCCUCUUGCCCUAGCUUUAAUAGCCCUUAAGACGUGGAAAGCCUUGACGUUGGGCCUUCUGUCGUUGGUACUCACAGGAGCUCUGGUCAUAUUCAGAUUCACCAAGCCAAAGUUGGUAAACUACGAAGUCGUUCACUACCCACAGCAUGUAGAUCAUCACGUCGAGCAUGCUGCUCCACUGACCAGUGGUUGGGAGCAUCCUGGAUUCGGACGGCAACUUGACGGAAACGAUUUGGCAUACACUGCACCGUUUUGUAAAUACUGUUCAUUAGCAGUGCCAGCGAUACCUUCAUUAGCCAGUACCUGACAGCACUCCGAUUGGCCAGAAUGAAGUUUGCGGCACUUCCAUUGCUCGUCUGCUUGAUCGCUGGUACUCAAGCCGCACCUUCGGCUGUUGAGCUGGUCCAGGAAAUCUACAGGAAUUGUUUGAGUCAAUUCAGCGUAAGCUGUGUCAAACCAAAGGCAUUAGGUUGGGUGGAGCAAGUUGCUGCUAAGAAUGAGAUCAAGAUUACUGAAGACUUGGUGAUUGUUAAGAAGUACAAUCCAGAAGUGCAGGAAACGAGGGGCUUACAAAAGGAUAUCUUGGAUAGGUUCGAAGACUUCCUUCAGAGCCAUGAUGUAGUAGCUAAAGCUCCAUCGUUCCUUC